AUGAGUUCAAGGAAAGGAAUCAAAAGAUCAGCUCCAGAAAACGAAGGUGACAAAUUACGACAAAGACGCCGAAGAACAGCGUUUACUGACGAACAGCUAGACCGGCUGGAAGAAUCGUUUGCAAAUGAGAAAUUUCCAGGCAUAAAGAUACGUGAGGAUCUUGCAGGAGAACUUAACAUUGGGGAGGACAGAAUCCAGGUCUGGUUUCAGAACCGUCGAGCUAGAUGGCGUAAACACGAAAUCAAAAACAAACCCGCUCCAGCUGCCUCUGCUCCAAAGAUGCACGUAGAUAACCAAGAUUUCAGUGCGCUCGCAGUUUUCCAAGCGUCACCUCCUAUUAUUCCACCCAAUCCGCUGACCCAAACGUCUUUCGAGCCGUGGAGCCCAUUUUAUCAUCCGUUUACUACACGCACACCCUGGUUCCCACCCAGCGGGUUUCUUGGCCUGGAAUAUUCUAACAUGCCCUACGCUUCCCCACAAGGUUCUAGCAAGACGUAUGUUUUUCGUUCACGUGAACAUAUUCCAGCACAUCGCCCGUCCAGUCCUAUUCCUUUACCUGACAGCAGCGCCAGCUCUAAGACUAAGCUCCAUUCCUCCUCUGACUCGGGAAGUGAAGGAGGCCGUCACUCUGUCGACGAUUACCUAGCUGCUGCUACUCUGGCAUCGUUUUUACAGCGAGAAAAUUGA